UCGAUGCUACUCGCGGAUCGCGAGUUCAGUCUGCGACUGGCAACCGCGCGUGUAACAUCGUUCCUUCCUUGUCCCUCUCUCUCUCUCUCUCGCUCUCUUCUCUCCCGCCCCUUCUGCACUCGUCGCACGUUGCGUCGCGCGAGUUUUUGAGUUAAAUUACAUCGGGAGAAAAGUCAAGGAUUAUUCGUCCUCACGAUCAUUUCGGUGCACCGGUUAGGACGGUUUUGCGAGGAAAGGAAACGUGAGAUAAGGUGAGAUAAGAUGAGACCCGAUAUCGUGUCGACGAUGAUCUUCCAGAUUUGUCAGAUGCGUCACCGUUGCGCACUAUCGGAGCGAUCUUGAGGCGAUCGGAUGUGCAGCGGCGCGAGGGAUAACGAUUCAGGACGGGCCGUACAUUCACGCCGGGAGAACUGCUGAUUCGUUAUUUAUCGAAUGCUCUGAUGAAGUCAUCACUCAACGGAGAACAUGAAGACCGAUUAUUCAUCGAUAAUCGCUAGGUUCUGCACGUUGCUGAUACUGUUUGGACCCGUCACGGAUGUCUAUUCACUCGAUAUACGAUCAUGCAACCAGUCCUUGGGAAUGGAAUCGGGUGACAUACCGGAUUCAGCUAUCACUGCGUCCUCAUCGUAUGUGACGAACGUCGGACCGCGAAAUGGCCGACUCCGGAAGGAGACUGCCGGCGGUGCUUGGUGUCCAAAAAGCCAAAUAGAGAAAGGAGUUCGCGAGUGGCUUCAAGUUGAUCUACAGAAUGCUCACGUCGUUACUGGGGUGCAGACACAGGGUCGUUUCGAUCACGGCCGCGGUCAGGAAUACGUCGAGGAUUAUACUGUAGAAUAUCGACGCCCCGGCUUCACUCGAUGGCGCCGAUAUAAGCGUUGGGACCACAAAGAGGUUUUCACUGGCAAUAGCGACACUUCCACCAUUGUAUCGCACAAUUUUAUUCCACCGAUCUUCGCCAGUCAAAUCCGGAUUCUACCACACUCGGAACACAGACGUACGGUUUGUCUUCGCAUCGAGCUCAAAGGAUGCCGAGAUACGAGCGGUGUCAUGAGCUACACUAUACCAGAUGCUUCUCUGGAGGAGUUUAGUGACAUCUCGUACGACGGUAAGAAAGAGGGCAACUUGCUGACCGAUGGUUUAGGUUGUCUAAUCGAUGGCGAGGUCGGCGUGGAUAAUUACAGGCUGGACAUGGGAAAUGGAAAAGGCACGGGCUGGGUUGCUUGGCUUCGUGACACUUUCCAAGAGAACUUCGUGGAGCUCAUCUUCGAGUUUGAAGCCAUAAUGGUGUUCGAAGCGGUACACAUUUAUACCAACAAUUAUUUCUCACGGGACGUACAGGUAUUUUCGAAGGCGGAGAUAUGGUUCAGCAUUGAUGGCGAGACCUAUGAAGACGAGUUCUUGCCUUAUUCCUACAUCCCGGAUGUCGUACUGGAAAACGCCCGAAACGUUUCAAUCGGUCUACACGAACGGCGCGGAAAACUUCUCAAAUUACAUCUGUAUUUCGCUGCGCGAUGGAUCAUAAUCGGCGAAGUGACAUUCGACGCAACAAAUCCCUACGAAAACACUACGGAAGAAGCGGCGUCCGAGUUCAGCAACCGGGAGAUUCCAGUCAACCCCGAAGUGGAUCUCAACUUACAAACGAUUACAGCACCAGGAGAUGGCCAAGAAUAUCUGGAGGUACUGAUAGGUGUUCUAACUGCAAUUAUACUGCUGCUCCUGUUAGUCUUCUUCAUUAUCCUAUUUUUAAAUCGACGACAAAAGCUGCAGAGCUCCCCGACGGUGUUAAAAAAUCCAUUUGGUUUCGCCAUAAAUAUGAAGGGUCUUCUUUUAAACUUAACACCCGGUGGGAUGCUGGCAGCGGAAACAGCCAAUCAUGUUUCACCUGACGUACCGGAAGACGUCAGCAUGCAUGAAUCACUUACGAUGGAGCAAUUUAACUCUCCGCUCGUCAGUCCGCAAUACAAAUCCACAUACGCGAUCGUAGCCAAUUCUGAAUCCCCGAAGGAUUUCAAGAACAUAGAAAUAUCGGAGGAGAACGUACGGCUGGACGCGAGACCAGAAUCCGCGGUCGGUCCAUCCAGCUGUUCCUCAUCGCCGACUAACUCGCCGGCUCGUCACUCCCAACAUUAUAGAACCCUUCAAAGUUAUAGCAGUCCAACUAGGAAACUCAAUAUCGCGGUUACGCCCAAUCACCAAAGGGACGUCGAUCAGGUUCACUCGAAACGCUGGCAUACAGCGCCAAAGGAGAAGCACAAGAUACCAGCACCUGUCGUCAGUUGGAACAUCGCACCCAGCAUGAACAAACCGUACAAGUGCAAGGAAAUAGAGCCAACUAAUAUACCACGUCAGUGCCUACGAACGACAGAGAAACUUGGCUCGAGAACCAUAGGAGAGGCUAUAAUAUGUGAAACUGUUGGUCUAGACGAGAUCGUAUCUGGAGCUCCUAGAUUAGUCGUUGCUCGCGUACCCUUAUGUACCAGCGACAUUCGUGCUAACAACGCAGCAGACCAGAUGAGGGAAGUGCAAUUUCUAUCGUGUUUAUCCGAUCCGAAUGUGGCACGUGUAUUAGGGGUCUGCACUGUUGAGCCAGUGCCAUGGACGAUUAUCGAGUAUACAGAACUCGGUGAUCUCGCUCAUUAUCUUCAAUACAGUGUACCGCUCACGGGAACUCUCAGGCCAAAUUGCAAUCUAAAAGCUCUUAGUCAAAGUUGCCUGCUGUACAUGGGGACACAGAUAGCAUCGGGAAUGAGAUUUCUUGAAUCGAAGAAUCUGGUGCACAAAGACUUGGCAGCCAGAAAUUGUCUGGUAGGUCGUUCUUACACCGUGAAAGUGACCGAUAUAGCUAUGUGCAGCGAUCUUUACAAGAAAGAUUACAGCGAUAUAGGAGGUAGACCACCCGCACCGAUCAGAUGGUUACCGUGGGAAAGCAUUCUGUUGGAUAGGUAUACAUGUUCGAGUAGCAUAUGGUCUUUUGCCGUGACACUCUGGGAAGUAAUGAGCCUGGCUAGAGAAAAGCCUUUUCAACAUCUGUCAAAUGAUCAAGUUAUUCAGAACGCCGAGCAUAUGUAUUACGGAGCGGAACUGCAAGUAUUUCUCCCGAAACCAACAAUGUGUCCGGAGGAGGUCUAUCGGAUGAUGUGCUCAUGUUGGAGAAGAGACGAGACAUCGCGACCAACCUUCAAGGAUAUUUACACGUUCCUGAAGAAUAUAAUAGCGGACUAUCGACCUGGUGUAUAAGUAAUCUUGGUUAACUGUGAUACGGAAUGGACGGCUAAUCUCUUGAACGUGAACAACGUCAUCGGGAAUAUUCCGAGUAGGACGAAGCGUUAUACGGGAUCGUACUCGCCGGGCAUGACGCCUCGCGCGAAAUCAGAUUCUCCGGAAAUGUACAAUCGUUAGUUUUAGACAUACGUGUAUUGGAGACGCUGGAUCUCGCGUCUCCUUCCUUGCGCAGAAAACAUGACAAACAAAAAAUCGCACGCCGAAUGUAAAGAUCCACACACGGAGAAAAAUAAUUUUGCUGUUGUAGUAAAAUUAUCUUUAUUAUUGUAUAUUUGUAGAAGCAGCAAAAAAAUUUAGUUUGAAUCAAUAAAAAUUUUAGAACUUAUUCGAGCAAAAUCUGUUUUGUUGCAAAAAUAUUGUAAAAAUAUUUGCUGAAUGUAUUUCUUUACAAUUAGAUUUAAUUCGUUGAUAAACUGAUAUACUUAUUUUGAGCAAAUAUACUUUUGCUAUUACAACAAAAAUACUACUGCUCAUAUAAAUGGGUUUAAACCUGUGAUUCAAUGAUCUUAAUCUUACUGCAGAAUAAUUUGUUGUUUUGAGUAAGCUUAUAUUUAACAAAUAGCAACUAAUAUUCUUAACUCUUUGCUGUUCACAAAUAAUUAAUAGAUUUUGCUACAUAAGCAUAAAAUCUGCUAUGCUAGUAAAUUAUUUUUCUCUGUGCAGUGAUCGAAAAUGAUCUCCCGAACUUUAAUCGCGCAUAAUCUGUUAUCCAGACGAAAGCAGUGGCGAUAACGGACGUCUUCGAGCGAAUGCCAAACGAGCACGAGAUGUAUAAUUGACAUAUAAGUGUUAGGUUUGUUUUCUUCAGAUAAUCAAGAUUGAUAAUUUCGCUCUGCUCUUCAAUUCGAAUGUAUAAUCGCGUCACUUUUGUCUGUUUAAUAAGAUUUCAUUUUCUAGUCAAUACGAAUCUUUAAUUCUCACGAAAGUGCUAUCGUUGUACAGUAUUCUAACAUUAAUAACAUGUAAUGUACGCUACUAUGCUCAGUACUGAUAAAGUCUAUCCAUUUGUACAUAUAAACUUAGGUCUUAACGCUAGGAAUAUGGGAAAUUUUUACGGCAGUGUCAUGACGGCUGCUUCCCCCCUCCCCUCCCUCUUUCAUUUUCUUUUUUUUUCAUCCAUAAACUAAAUCUUUAAACUUUUAUGUUAGGUAGCUCUGCUACAAGUCUGACGAUACGUGAUGCUAACAAAUUUCAAUACAAACACAUAAAAAAGGCAAAUACGAAUCUAGCACGUACUAGUUUAGUCGUCCACACUAGACUCUCCUUGCCUUUUGUAUUUUGAACUUCAGGCCUUUGUUUGUAUUUAAAUUUCAUGUGGCUUUACGACCUCAUCUAACAAAUUCUUUUUCCAUCUCAAAUCGUAAAUAUAAUGAAUUAAGUUGGCUCAAGUGUAAAAAGUAUUUAUAAAAAUAGAAUCGAGCAAUAUUUGAAAAGGUGUUAAAUGUUCAGUCGAUUAAGUACAGGCGUGAAAUAAUUUUAUUCGCUCACCGUCUUACUGCGCCUUAAAAAUUUCGGCUUAGUCAACUUGUACAUUCGAAACCCAUCAGUAGUAAGUACUUAUUAUUCCAUUGUUCGUUUAAGUUGGAACUGUACUACUUUAAGGAGGUGUAGAUUUCAAGUAUGUUCUUCCUAAGGACGUAAUAUGAAUACAUAUCCUUGCUCGUUUUUAUUUAAGAACAAAAAAAAAUGCUAAAGACAUCUAGCAACGAGUAUCGUGCUUUGGAAGAAAAUCAAUAAAAAUUUAAAUAACGCUAUAUAUUUGUUGGAAUUUAAAAUUAUGGACGCUUGAGCGUAUCGAUGAUAGCAAUAAAAAAAAAUUAAAAUGUUAAUAAAAAAAAUGAAAAAUAAUAAUAUAACAAUA